ACCUUUCGAAGGGGAUAAUAACGUCACACUUGGAGACGUCUGACUGCUUCGUCGAAAGCUCUUGGUUAGCAUCCAGACCCAGAGAGACGACCAAGUUGGCAGGCCAGACCAAGCGCGUUGCUUCAUAUAAUAGUCCACCUGACGUCGAGGGCAGCGAACAGUCAUCAACUGGUUUUUUACCCGAGAAGACGUGUCCGCCAGGUUAGGUCUCAGAACAGAAAGCAGCGAGAGCAAGAAUAACGGUGUCUUCACGCGCAGCCACCAUAUCGGGCAGCAGCAAUUGAGUGAUUUGUGCGAGGGUAUAGAACAGAACUGUUGGUGAAAAUGAAGAAAAUUGUGCUGUUUUUUGCCAUGAUCGUGAUGGAGGCUAGAACCGAAGAAAGCCUCUUUGAGCAAGAUCUUGGCGAUCAGUUCAAAAUUGAUGCAUCGACUCGCGGGCUGCAGAAGGUGAAUUUACGCUGCGGUGCUGACUCAAUGCGUAUCGAAUUGAAGACAGAGGAAGAUUUCACCGGCGUUAUGUACACCCGGGGUAGCUUCUACAAACAGUCCGAGCCCUGCUUUGUGAAACCCAAACGAGCCGGCAAAUCGUUGGAAAUGAAAUUCAAUCUGGAUCAGUGCCAGACGAUCAACAACGACGAGGUGUACUCCAACAUCGUCGUCGUGCAGCACGACCCUGACCUCGUUACCCCUGGAGAUGCCGCCUUUGCCGUUGAAUGCGAUUUCCGAAAACCGCGGGGAGUUACCGUGACUUCACAGUUCCAAGCCAGAGAUAGCAUUACACCCACAUCGAGAAUCACACUGACAAGCCCCGAUCCGUCGACACCCACGCAAGAUCACGAUCAUCAGAAUUCGGUGUUCAGUGAGACCGAUUCGGUCACUUUCAUUCCGAGCCACUUCACGAACCAAACCGCCGAAGAGAAGCGAGUGAAAGGCUCGGUUGAAACCGUUGAAAUUUCAUCCAACAGGAUCUCCGAUGAACUUUGAACAUGUUUUUUUAGGGCAUGGAAUAUUUAACUAAUUAAUAUUUAUUUAACUUAAACUUCUACAUUCUAAUCGUGCUAUCUUCUUCUUUGUGUUUUCAGGCCAGUAUUAGAAAAAGUUAACGCUACUCCUUCGUAUAACUAAGCGAUCGCAUUAACUGCAAUUAAUCUCGUAGAUUGCCAAAACAGGACUGAUUACACCAACUGGUAACUUGUAAGACUCGUAAGAAAUGACUUCAUUUUCGUGCGACAACUAACCGAACUAACCAGAAUUACCAUUAGCAUGCCACUGACUGCGAGACAGUAAUCUUUUAGUUUAGAGAGUAGCUAGAGCAUCGUUGAAGAACAUACACACUAAUGCCGAUUAUCACUGUUAUAAGUGAGAAUGCUGAGAGCGUGAAUGCGAUCGAAUGAAUGGGCAACAGCAUGAAAAAAGUUAAUAAAGAUAUUGAAGAGUGUCGAUAGGAUGGAGUUGUUACCUUA